AGUCCCCAAUCGCGUGUUUUGGCAAGCCUGCGAAGCCCAAACUCCAUCCCCCAACCGCUUGGUCUCCCCCCGAGUUGGGGUUUUCGGUCUGUUCCCAUAUGCGAUUUCUCUCCCGACCCAAUUGUUUGUUUUGUUUCUGGUCGCUUGGGAAUGUGUGUUUGAUUUACUGUCAAAAUUUUGUAUUGAGAGCGGAAAAUCUAUGCUAAGCGACACCCAACGGCCUCAGUUGAUCCGUUUAUGCUCUUUGUCCGGAGAUCCCCUGUUCUCGACGGCUUCUGUGCAAGAUUUUUGUAGUUUAUAAUCCUUGACCGUAAGGACAAGCCAAGUUCUCUGCUGUUCUGGCUUUGGAAUUGGGAUUUGUUUUGGUCCUGAACUUGCAAAUUAUGCUGUUGCAAAGGAGACAGGAUAUAUACGAGGAGAAACUGUCGAUUGUCGACAAAGGGUUUGCGGGUCAAGUAACAAAGUGUCUAGGAAUGGCUCUAACUGCCGAGGGAGAAAGAGAUAUGAGAAGGAAACAGCUUAGUUGUUAUGUGAUGGAUACUUCACUUCCCUUGCUUACCUUUAAAUUUCAAAUGUCGUCCUCGAGAGACAGGUUGCCAGCAAAGCACCAUGGCAGGUCGGUCCAAGGCACCUCCACUGGUGUAAUGAGGCAGCAGCGGGCUUCGCACCCUGAGUUACUAGAAAACAAGAUUGCGUCUCAAGCCGCUGAGAUAGACCAACUCUCUGUUGACAAUCGGAAGCUAGCAGCCAGCCACGUCGUUCUGAGGGAUGACCUGAUCACAGCAGAACAUGAAGUACAGGGACUUAGAGCCCACAUCAGAGGCAUCGAGACAGAAAGUGAUAUUCAGGUCAGAGUAACAUUGGAGAAAAUAUCAAAAAUGGAGGCUGUUGUCAAGAAUGGUGAGAAUAUAAGGAGGGAGCUUCAGCUGGCUCACUUGGAAGCACAGAGGCUGUUGAGAGAGCGUGAAGAACUCGUGUCACGUGUUCAUUCUGCUUCUGAGGAGCUGAAGAAGCGACGUAGUGAUGCAUCAUGUCUGAAGGAGUUGGGUGAUGAGCUCGAAAGCCUCAAGGACGAGCACCUGAGAUUACGGGAAAGGUUUGAGAAGGGGAAGGGGGUGAACGUGGAGCAAGUGAGUGAGCUGAGAGCGAUGGAGGAUGACAUCAUCCGUGCCGUCAAGGAAAUCGAAUCACUGCGUUCCGACAUCCUUAACAACAGAGCCCCCAUCGGCAAUGGCGAUUAUUCAUUUGUUUAAUAGGAUUUCCUUUGCUAGUUGUGUUUUUCAUCAUAGUUAUUCGUGUCCAAAGGAAAGAACCGAGUGGUCAAAUAUAAGAAGAGUAGAUGUUUAUUGAAUGUGCA